AUGAUAAUACAUUUAAGGCCAAGUUUCACUUUCUAUAAUGACCUUUUUGGUAACUUAACCGCCCUUCAGGAAGCAUAUAAAAAUGUCUCCGAAGGUCGCGUGGAGGCAGCCAUUGUUGGAGUAGCUGCAGCAGUGCAAAAUCCUACCUUCGGUGUGAAUUUAUCUAAAAUGAAUGUACUAAAUGUGGAUGCUAUGACUCGAGUAUUCGAUAAAAAUGCCGAUGGUUAUGGCAGAAGUGAUUCGUUGGUUGUUUUGUUCAUACAAAGAGCCAAUGACGCUAAACGAAUCUACGCCUCGAUUGAUUUCACCGGGUACACGUAUUUCGGUUCAAAUCCUAGUUCAUUAUUGAAUUUCAAUGAAGAGUUGUUGAAAAAUUCCAUGAGUCAGUUAUACGAAGAAAACGAUUAUGAACACAUCAAAAAUGUGUCAUUUGUAGAAAUGAGCGCUUGUGGUCUGAAAAAUUAUGACAGAAUUGAAUCAAAUUUUAUUGCUGAUACUAUAUGCAAAAAUAGAAAUUCUCCUCUAUUAGUCGGCUCAGUCAAGAGCAACGUGGGUCAUUCUGACGGUGCAGCCCCAUACGUUGGUUUGAUCAAGGCUUUGUUCGCUCUAGAAUCAGGCAUCAUAGUUCAAAAUCAAAAUCUGGAUGAAAUAAACGAUGGUAUUAGGGCAUUUAAUGAGAACAAACUGAAGGUUGUUACGAGGCCCACCAAACUAUUGAGCAAUAAAGUGAUGGUUAAUUCAGUCGGAAUUGGGGGUGCUCUCAGUCAAGUUAUAUUGAGACAAAAUCCAAAGUAA